GCGCCGUCGUUCGUCCCGACUCGCGCCAUCGGAGCACGGACGCCUUGCGAACGAGAACUAGACCAAAUCAGGCAAAAUGGUGAAAGUUGGAGUUAACGGGUUUGGCCGCAUUGGUCGUCUUGUCACUCGUGCUGCUUUCCACUCUGGAAAGGUCCAGAUUGUGGCUAUUAAUGACCCCUUCAUUGACUUGGACUACAUGGUUUACAUGUUUAAGUAUGACUCCACUCACGGACGUUUCCAUGGUGACGUGAAGGCUGAAGGCGGCAAGCUUCACGUUGCUGGCCAUACUAUCACAGUGUUCCAUGAGAGGGACCCUGCUAACAUCAAGUGGGGUGAAGCGGGUGCUGAAUAUGUUGUUGAGUCCACGGGUGUCUUCACGACCACAGAGAAGGCCUCUACCCACCUUAAGGGAGGUGCAAAGAGGGUCAUCAUUUCAGCUCCUAGUGCUGAUGCCCCCAUGUUUGUGAUGGGUGUCAAUCAUGACAAAUAUGACAAAUCCCUCAAGGUGGUCAGCAAUGCCUCCUGCACAACCAACUGCCUGGCCCCAUUGGCAAAGGUCAUUAAUGACAACUUUACCAUAAUUGAGGGACUUAUGAGCACAGUGCAUGCCAUCACGGCCACCCAGAAGACUGUAGAUGGCCCCUCUGGCAAGCUGUGGAGAGAUGGCCGUGGCGCCGGCCAGAACAUCAUCCCUGCCUCAACUGGGGCAGCUAAGGCUGUGGGAAAGGUUAUUCCUGAGCUGAACGGAAAGCUGACAGGUAUGGCCUUCCGUGUCCCUACCCCCAAUGUGUCUGUGGUUGACCUGACAGUCCGACUGGAGAAGCCAGCUAAGUAUGAUGACAUCAAGAAGGUUGUCAAAACAGCAGCUGAGGGACCCUUGAAGGGCAUUCUGGGAUACACAGAGGACCAGGUGGUGUCUACAGACUUCAAUGGUGACAGCCAUUCCUCCAUCUUUGAUGCUAGUGCUGGAAUUGCACUCAAUGACCACUUUGUCAAACUGGUCACAUGGUAUGACAACGAGUUUGGUUACAGCAACCGUGUUGUUGACCUCAUGGCUCAUAUGGCAUCAAAGGAGUGAAGCUGACAGCUUUCCCCUCCAACUAGACAACUCACCUAGUGGCCUAUAAAACCAUCAAAAUGAAGACCAAUUUUUGUACAGAAGUGUCUGCUCUUCAGUGUGAGCCCAAUUUGAAAUGCAGUCCAUGAAUAUGUUCACUUGCUGUAACUUCAAGAAUAAAGUUCUUGUUCGUGAGA